AUGGGUGACCCGGCCCGUCACAACACGCCCACCGUCUGCCCGUACAGCAGCAGCUGGCCCCAUGACUCGGACGGGGCCGGACGCAGCGCGGAUGACCCGGCCCGUCACAACACGCCCACCGUCUGCCUGUACAGCAGCAGCCGACCCGCUGGCCCGGACAGGGCCGGACGCAGCCCGGGUGACCCGGUCCGUCACAACACGCCCACCGUUUGCCGGUACAGCAGCAGCUGGCCCGCUGGCCCGGACAGGGCCGGACGCAGCGCGGAUGACCCGGCCUGUCACAGCACGCCCACCGUUUGCCGGUACAGCAGCAGCCGGCCCGCUGGCCCGGACAGGGCCGGACGCAGCGCGGAUGACCCGGCCUGUCACAGCACGCCCACCGUCUGCCGGUACAGCAGCAGCCGGCCCGCUGGCCCGGACGGGGCCGGACGCAGCGUGGGUGACCCGGCCCGUCACAACACGCCCACCGUCUGCCCGUACAGCAGCAGCCGGCCCGCUGGCCCGGACAGGGCCGGACGCAGCAUGGGUGACGCGGCCCGUCACAACACGCCCACCGUCUGCCCGUACAGCAGCAGCCGGCCCGCUGGCCCGGACGGGGCCGGACGCAGCCCGGGUGACCCGGCCCGUCACAACACGCCCACCGUCUGCCUGUACAGCAGCAGCCGGCCCGCUGGCCCGGACGGGGCCGGACGCAGCCCGGGUGACCCGGCCCGUCACAACACGCCCACCGUCUGCCUGUACAGCAGCAGCCGACGCAGCCAGGCCGCCCAGUACUGUCGGCAGGUUGUGUGA